ACCGCUGCAGUAGUGAACAACCUCAACGCAAGGCUGGAUCUCCUGCCAUAUCCAACCACGGUAUUUCUUGCUGUGAUUUGACUACUCGUAGUCUUUCCUAUUCUCUUUUUUAACGCUACCUAGCUACCUCCCCGGCAGAUUUUGAAGCAUACCGAAGCUCUUCUAUUCGCUUUCUCUGGCAGAUCAUGUCGGUUAUUCAGGUGGAAGAGUAUGUCUACAACCCCGCGGAACAGUUGACAAGCCAAACACAACACCGUAAAUAAAGUUAACGUUAUCGCAGCUUGGUCUCGUACCAAUUACGAACCAAUUACCUAAACACCAUUGCCGAUGGUGUCGGAGAACGGCUCAUCACCAUCAACGAUACAUUUUUGAAUACUGGCGGUUUCAAAGCUGCUGGAUGGCGAUCAAAUGCCGCCAAUAUCAAGCGAACACAUUCCCCACCCAUUCCCACGGCGAUUGCUUCAGAAUACUUUCAGGCGGCCCCUCGCUCAGCCGCUCUGGCUGGAUUGGAGGAUGAGGUUGAAUUGGGAGGAAUGGUGACGGGCGGUGGUGCGGGAGAUACUGUUGGCCCGGGAAUAGCAACAAAGCGCCGGCGCCGUCGAGAACAGAUGGAGGAGGAAGACAGUAGUGAUUUGAGUGACGAGAGCGACGAGGAGGGUGAACAGCGGGCUGCUCAGCAAAUCAAAUUCUCCAAGAUGCCAAUUCGUAAUCGCUCUGGAUCCUCACCCAUUCGAGGGUCCAACCUAAGACAAUCGUCUACCGUCACUUCCCCCCGUGCCACCUCAGGGCAGACGAGAAGAGGCUCCCAACCAGCAGUAGUGGAUGCCAUAAAAGAACGAGCAAGGCGUGAUACGGUCACUAGUAGUGAAAUGUCGUCGGACAAUGAAUUUGAUGCCUCCGCUUUCCAAAAAACUCGGGAUGCUGCAAGAAAUGCUGCCAAGGCAAGCAGAGCUCUACAUAGCCAGACUUCGGAGCCAAAUCAGGGCAUGAAGAGGCAACAGAGUGAUUUACUGGAAGAAGAGGAAGAAGAGGACUCAGAUGGAUCAGAUAUGGAUUCGGAAUAUGAAGGCAGCAUCGAUUCAACGUCUAUUUUAGAUACUGGAGCUGGCCCAAUGGAUACCUCUAUUGCCGAUCCAAUUGUUGGAACAGUACCAAAACAGUUGACGCGUACUGCUACCAAAAAGUCCAAACCUGCACCACCAGUCUUACAAGCCUUACCACCCCCAAGGCCCAUUAGCAUGAUACAGCCCACGAGUCUUUUGUCCGCUGCUAUCAAGGCAAGGCAAACCAAAGCAGCCAGUCCUUUUGAAUCUUUUGCUUCAUUAUCUGGUCAAGGAGACCCAAAUCCGCUAGCACUUAAAAUAUGGGCUCCUUUCGCUACGUCGACCACCAAACCAUAUGAAGUCCUUAUUCGAAGAAGCGUUCACAUCAACGAAGCCGCUGAUCGCCAAGUAGCUGUAGCUGAUCUCAUUGGAUUAAGUUUGUGGAGGUACACUGAAGAGAAAAUUGAGCCCGCUAUAUCAGCGGAAAAGAUGAAUGUCAAUUGGUGGACACUGAGAAUGGUGGAAGAUGAAGAGGUUGAUUAUGAUUUCCCUGCACUGGAGCGCACAAAAACUCUCAUAUCAUUUACUACGGCUAACAAUCGAGCUGCACGAUCGAGGUCAAAUAACAAACCAUAUGAUGAAUUUGCUCUGGUGCAGGCCACUGAGGAGCAAUUCCAAGAAAAUCAAAGUCUCACACCUCAAUUCAAGCAAGAAAUGGCGACAACGGCUGCGGCGCCAGUGAUUGAGGAAAACUCCAUCGUACCAAGUACUCCUUUAACGCCCUCAGCUGGACUGCUUUCGAAUCCACGUCCAAACCCGCUGAUGACUAGUCUUUCAGCACUACGAACAAAUAAUUCUCCGGCAGACGCCCCUACAGUAGGUGGAGUUACAACGCAGCCAGCUCGCGUUGGCGUUCAAAAGUUACUGAGAAUUCACAUUCAUUCUGCGGAUGCCGCACCAGGACAGAUGAUUACUUUGGAUGUCACGACAGAUACUUAUCUGGCUGACGUGCUGGACAUCAUUUGCAAAAAGAGACAGUUGGACAAAGCCAAUCACGUACUGAAGCUGACCGGAUCUGGUACUGUGGUUCUCCUUGACCGUAGAGUCGAGUCAAUUGGGAACCGGGAGGACUUGGAUCUAUAUCGAAGGCGGUUUGCAACUGAUGGACCAUUGACUAUGUCAGGAUCUCCAAGUAGUAGUUCACCUAAACAAGCAUUAAUGAUGGACCGACCAGAGGUCCGGAAGACUAAAAAGGGACAAAUGCUUAGCUCCCAUCCUCUCGCUCAAGAGGCUAUCAAACAGGAUGAGCUUGGGAACUCCAAUUAUCGAAAAUACACGGUCUGGCGCAAACAGCCGAUGAGAUUUGUUGGAAUGAAUGAGAGGGUAUUGGCCAUCGAUGGAGAAUAUUUGCAUAUCAUGCCGGCAUCCACUGGAAAGACAGUGUUUGAAGGGCAAGGAAAAACGACUACGGUCCACUUUAGUAACGUUGUUGGCUGCAAAGUCACGCGAAGACACCCCACAAACUUCAAAGUAAGUAUGUUUGAUGUUUGUUGCAAUUGGAAGCUAACGAAGCAGGUUGUCGUGUACAAGUCAACGGAAGCCAAGCGGUACGAUUUUGAAGCGAAAAGUGCAGAUGAGGCUGCAGAAAUCGUGUUUGAAAUAAAAAAGGGCAUUUCCCCUUACCACAACGUUUGA